GUAAGUCUCCAGUGUUAACAGUUCACACCAUGUUAUUACAUACACCUAGCUAGUUUGUACAUAGUAGGUGAAAAAUAAAAAAUAUAUAUAUAUAAAAAAACCAGAAAAAAAAAAAAACAAUUCCAUUCCUUUAAUAAAGAAUGGAUUCCAUUAGGCAUAGCUUAGUUUUCUUGAUUUCUCUUUUUGUGGUUUUCACCACAGUGGCGGGUAAUAUCGGUGUUCACGAUGCCGUCUGGCAGGAGCGCAGAGAAGCAGCAAAGAAAGCCGCUCGCCAGGCCUAUCAACCUAAUCCUGGAGAAGUCCUAGAUCAUCUUAACGAGAAUGUUCAUAAAUCAGUGGAAGGUAGCAAUAACCAAAGGAGAGGCUUAAGUAAGUACAAGGGUUCAUGCCUAGCUACAAACCCUAUUGAUCAGUGUUGGAGGUGCCAACCGAAUUGGGCUAAUAAUCGGAAGAAAUUGGUGGAUUGUGCUCUAGGGUUUGGCCGCCACACGACUGGAGGCAAGGCUGGGAAGAUGUACGUGGUGACCGACCCCUCGGACAGUGAUCUAGUUAGCCCUAAGAAGGGAACUUUACGGCAUGCUGUGAUCCAGCCGGAGCCACUUUGGAUCAUAUUUAAAAAUAAUAUGAACAUUAGAUUAUCUGAAGAGCUUAUAAUGACAAGCAAUAAGACAAUAGAUGGGCGUGGAGCGCAGGUGCACAUUGCUAACGGUGCUGGCAUAACCCUACAAUAUAUACACAACGUCAUCAUUCACAAUAUUCGGGUCCAUGACAUUAAGACCGGAAAUGGAGGUAUGAUUAGGGAUUCGGCUACACACUACGGUUUUCGUACGAGAAGCGAUGGAGAUGGAAUUUCACUCUUUGGCUCCACGAAUAUUUGGAUUGAUCAUGUUUCUCUUUCUAGAUGUGACGAUGGCCUCAUUGACGCUAUUGAAGCUUCCACAGCCAUCACCAUCUCCAACUGCCAUUUCGCGCACCAUAAUGACGUAUUGUUGUUUGGAGCAAGUGAUAGCAGAUCAGAGGACCACAUAAUGCAAAUAACAGUAGCUUUCAAUCACUUUGGCAAGGGUCUAAUCCAAAGGAUGCCCCGGGUGAGAUGGGGUUUCGUGCACAUUGUCAACAACGACUACACUCGUUGGCAGAUGUAUGCCAUCGGCGGAAGCCAGCAACCGACCAUACUUAGCCAGGGCAACCGCUUCGUUGCUCCCGACAAUCCAUUUGCCAAAGAGGUGACCAAGAGAGAUUAUGCAACGGAGAGCGUAUGGAAGAAUUGGGUAUGGAAAUCAGAGGGAGAUGUUAUGAACAAUGGAGCAUUUUUCGUGCAAUCAGGAGAUGUUGCUCAUCACAAGUUUGCAAAAGGCCCUGACAUGGUAACCCCGAAACCAGGCGGGUUUGCAAGUAAACUCUCUCAAUUUGCAGGCCCCCUAAAUUGCAUUCCGGGAAAGCCCUGUUAGCAGCAGAACUAUAUAUGAACUGGUGUUCGAGAUACCUUAGUUUUUCCAAGUAGAAAUUGGUGGAAAUAGUCGGGAAAUUCGUUCUGCUCCUACAGUACUCCCCUCAAUUUAGUUUCUUAGUUGAAUGUUGGGUAUGACAACUGAUAAAUUCUGAUAUAAAAUCCAUGUUCACAACUGUAUAGAGAAAGGAAGUGCUGGUGCAAUGCAAAAUGAGAGAAAUAAAAAAUGAUUCUUCGCAUAUCAAGAA